UUCACCUCUUUCCUCACCUAUUCCAGUUCUCCCUCUCUCUCUCUCUCUCUCUCUCUCACUCACUCUACAUAGCUAUAUAUAUCAAUUCAUCAAAGUUGUGUUUUUUAGGGUUUUUGCUUGAGGGUUUGAUUCAGAAAUUGAAGAGCAAUGGCUCAAGCUGUUGAAGAAUGGUACAAGCAGAUGCCCAUCAUCACCCGUUCUUAUCUCACUGCUGCCAUUGUCACCACCAUCGGUUGCUCUCUCGAUAUAAUCUCUCCUCAUAACUUGUACUUGCACCCUAAGCUCGUGAUUAAGCAUUACCAGUUUUGGCGCCUCGUCACCAAUUUCCUUUACUUCCGGAAAAUGGACUUGGACUUCCUGUUCCACAUGUUCUUUCUUGCUCGAUACUGCAAGCUUCUUGAAGAAAAUUCUUUCAGGGGAAGGACGGCAGAUUUCUUCUAUAUGCUCUUAUUUGGUGCGACUCUUUUGACUGGGAUCGUUCUUAUUGGGGGGAUGAUACCUUAUGUGUCAGAGUCACUUGCAAAGAUAAUAUUUCUGAGCAAUUCAUUGACAUUCAUGAUGGUUUAUGUGUGGAGCAAGCAAAAUCCUUAUAUCCACAUGAGUUUCUUGGGUCUAUUUACUUUUACAGCAGCUUACCUUCCAUGGGUUCUUUUGGGAUUCUCUGUCCUUGUUGGAGCUAGCGCCUGGGUGGAUCUACUGGGAAUGAUAGCUGGUCAUGCCUACUAUUUUCUUGAAGAUGUGUAUCCGCGGAUGACAGGCCGUAGACCCCUUAAAACUCCAUCAUUUAUUAGAUCACUGUUUGCAGAGGAACCAGUAGUGGUGGCACGACCUGCAAAUGUGAGAUUUGCUCCCCCACCUGUGGAGGAAGAAGCUCAACAGAAUUAAUAAGCUCUUGGGGAAGACUGGACAAAUGUUGCUGGACUUGACAGUGUUAAUCUGCUUGUAGAAUUAGUCAGAAGGGCAUAAGGGAAGUAUGAUCGGUCCUUAAUUUAUGACAACGCUUUUGAAUGACAUGGUAAUUAUGGUCAUUUUGUCAUAAUUCCUUAUAUCAGGUGGUUUAACGCUUGUAUGUUGUUCAUGUUCAGUCUGGAAUUUCAUACUUACUAGUUGGUAUAUAUAGAGCACUCCUUGUUCUGUGUUAUAACUGAAACUUUUUGCCAGAAUACAAAAGAAGUAUUUUGUCCGAGUUCAAGAUAUUUAUCAUCUCAUUUCAUGGUUA